AUGGUAAAGCCUGGUUUUGCUGAGGCUGUAACAUGCGUGUGGUGGGACAUAAACAGGUGCCCGGGUCCCUCUAACGCUGAUGUUCGUUUCAUCGGUCCGUGUAUAAAAACAAAGUUGGAGAAAGAAGGGUACUUUGGUCCUCUCACUAUCAAUGCCGUUGGGAUACUAACAGAAGUCCCUCAUGAUCUCCUGAGACAAGUCAAUGCCAGUGGAAUCUCUCUUCAUCACAUCCCCACAGAUAUCGACGGCCUUGCGAGCGAUUUGUUUAAGUGGACCUGGUCUAAUCCCUCUCCGGCUAAUUUAGUCCUCUUAACUAAUGAGCCAAUCUUCUAUGAAACUGAAAACACGUUAUUCAGGAUGGGUUACAACGUUGAUAGGUGUUUUCUCGGUAGAUGCUUAAUGUAUAGUGUGGAGUGUGCAGUACUCGGCUGGAAAGAAUGGAUGGCAAGAGAGCAGGAUUCAGAGGUAGUUGAGGUUGAGAAGUGGAGGGAAGAAGGUGAAGCUGACUUGCAUUGCUCAACAUGCAGCCUUGAUAUCCAAAGCUUUGAGAGUUUUAUGACGCAUCUCAACAGUAAAGAACAUACACUUGAAGAGUUGGAAUAUUACCCUCGGGGUGUUGCGGCUGCCCGUAGACAUGGCACUGAGGAGAAUGUUACUGCCAUCCAAACAACACUAAAACGUUUUAGAGAAAGAAGAGAUGGAGAACAGAGAUUUAAAUACUUCCAAAAAAAAUUGAAUCUAUACUAUUAA